UGCAGGUAUUUAGCAACUUUAAAAUGACCCCUUGAUUCAAACAUCAAUAGGGGACAUAGUCUGCUGGCGCGUCCAGCCGUUCUGUUCCAUUUCCGUGCCUUGGCUAGGGCAUGCUCAGGUCUUCUACCUCUAAUCGUCGGCAAUGCAGGUGUCCGGUUUCGUGUCUUCUCUCAAAAUCCGGCGGCUUGAAAGCCGAGAUAUUUCCAACGGCAACCACUCCCUCCAGACGACAGACAUUGAACAAAAUAAUCGACGCAAAAGAUGCAGAUCCAAGAUUUCUAGGGUUUUGCAAGACCUCAACGGCGGUCCUACGAUAUGAGAUUGAAGCCUUACACACGCAAUACGGUUCAUUCUUCCCCUUCCAUUCCAGCCCUAGUCUGCUACGAGAAGGCCCCCUAAAGGAGACCAUAUCGGUUAGGCAGGGCUCAUGGACCAGCAGUUCGGGCUACGGCCUACCGAGCACAGAUCAUUAUAGUGCACCUACUACGGAGCUGGCUGGUCUUGCUAUCCCUUUCCGUCCGAUCUGCACGGUCCAGCAGUUCGGCGAUUCGUUGUUGAGAAGAAUUAUGGGAUUUGCCAUUUCCCGUUCGGUCUAGGACGCGGCAUGAUGAACGCUGCAGUUGGCUUGAUCAAACCAACGAAAGGAGCUCGUAUUGUACCUUCUACAUUCCAUUUACUGAUGCAGCAC